AUGCCUAGGUAUGCCACAACCAUCCUGGAUUUUCGCGGUUUAUUCCAGCAAUUCUGCAAUAAUUUUGCCGGUACUAACUGUGUCUCUAGAGAAAUCAUCACAAUCCAGGCCGGCCAGUGCGGCAACAACGUCGGAAGCCAGUUCUGGCAACAGCUGUGCCUUGAGCACGGGAUAAGUCAAGAUGGGAACCUGGAGGAGUUCGCGACAGAAGGCGGCGAUCGCAAGGAUGUGUUUUUCUAUCAGAGUGACGAUACACGAUAUAUUCCCCGCGCGAUUUUAUUAGACUUGGAACCAAGGGUCCUCAAUGGCAUCCAAUCUGGUCCCUACAAAAAUAUUUACAAUCCCGAGAACUUCUUUAUCGGUCAGCAGGGUAUUGGUGCUGGAAACAACUGGGGCGCUGGUUAUGCGGCUGGCGAGGGCGUGCAGGAGGAGAUUUUUGAUAUGAUUGAUCGAGAAGCGGAUGGUAGUGAUUCAUUAGAGGGGUUCAUGUUCCUACAUUCCAUCGCAGGAGGAACGGGUUCGGGCCUUGGAAGUUUUAUUCUGGAGCGCAUGAACGACCGAUUUCCCAAGAAACUGAUCCAGACAUAUUCCGUCUUCCCUGAUACACAGUCUCCAGAUGUUGUGGUUAAUCCAUACAACAGUUUACUGGCCAUGCGACGACUGACCCAGAACGCCGACUCCGUUGUGGUUUUGGACAACGGCGCCCUUUCAAGAAUUGUGGCAGAGAGACUUCAUGUCCAGGAGCCUUCAUUCCAACAGACGAAUCAGCUCGUAUCGACGGUCAUGUCCGCGUCCACUACCACCCUUCGAUACCCUGGAUACAUGCACAAUGAUCUCGUUGGAAUCAUCGCUUCUCUUAUCCCUACACCGCGCAGCCAUUUCCUAAUCACCUCGUAUACUCCCUUCACCGGCGACAAUAUUGAACAAGCCAAAACGGUCCGCAAGACGACGGUGCUGGAUGUGAUGCGCCGUCUCCUACAGCCGAAGAACCGGAUGGUCUCGAUCAACCCCAGCAAAUCCAGUUGCUACAUUAGUAUUCUCAAUAUCAUCCAGGGUGAAGCGGAUCCCACCGACGUGCACAAGUCACUGCUCCGUAUCCGCGAACGGCGCCUUGCAUCAUUUAUUCCGUGGGGACCUGCAAGCAUUCAGGUGGCUUUGACCAAGAAGUCUCCGUACAUGCAAAACACCCACCGAGUCAGCGGGCUAAUGCUGGCCAACCACACCUCCGUGGCCACGUUAUUCAAGCGAAUUGUGCAACAAUACGACCGCCUACGAAAACGAAACGCGUUCCUGGAACAGUACAAGAAGGAAGCGCCAUUCUCGGACGGGCUGGGAGAGUUUGACGAAGCCAGGGCUGUGGUCAUGGACCUUGUGGGGGAGUAUGAGGCAGCCGAGCGAGAAGACUACCUAGAUCCAGAAGCAGGCAAAGAAAAGGAGCUGGGAGUGUAAGAACACCGCACUGGCCGCCACGUUGACUUGAUUUUCAUAGCUAUCUAUUUUUUUUUUUUUACGACCUCUCAGAAUGAUCUGGUGUAUUUUGCAAGGAGAAGGCGUUUUUUUUCCCUUUUACUUUGUUUGGCUUGCUUUUCUGAAUCCUUAAUGCAGCGCAUCCUUUAAG